AUGGCAAUGACUGAUGGAGCUGUUAAGACUUUGAAGGCCCUUGGGCUUGAAGGGAAACAUGACUUGGCGGCAGAGUCAAUCGCUCGUCUGUGUUCUACCGAUGGGAAGAAAGCUUGGACUUCGGGACAGUGGAUGACAGAGAAAAGAGGUGGAAGCGAUGUGGCUGGCGGGUGCGACACAUAUGCUGAGCGUGUCGAUGGAAACACGUUCCGCCUUUAUGGAUACAAAUGGUUCAGCUCCGCUAUAGAUGCCGAUGUCGCCUUAACAUUGGCACGCAUUGUCGACAAAGAUGGCAACGCACAGAAAGGCUCACGCGGUCUUUCACUGUUUUUGCUGAAAAUUCGAAAUAAUGAUGGCCAACUGAAUGGAAUUCAGAUGAUGCGUCUAAAGAAUAAAUUGGGAACUAAACAGUUACCAACUGCUGAGCUACUGUUAGACGGCACUCUCGCCCAUUGCAUUGGUGAACCCGGGAGAGGCGUUGCCAACAUUGCCAAUAUGUUGAACAUAACAAGAAUUCAUAAUGCAGUGGCCUCCGUAUCUGGAAUGAGGAGGUUGGUCUCAUCUUUGCUCGAUCCUAGCAUUAUUUAUUUUGUGGCUUAA